AUGUCACUUGGAUGUCAGGAAGCUUUUGAAGUUUUCAAGAGGGACCAUGCUGACAGUAUAACCAUUGAGGACAACAAACAGCUUCUAAAACAGAGGUUUGCCGAAGCUAAAUGCCUGGGAGAAAAAUUAAAUGAAGUGAGAAAUAAUAUAAACCGUCUGAAAGGAGAAAUAACCCAGAGGCACAUUCAGAGGGCAGCUCUAGCUGUUUCCAGUCCUUCUGAAGAGCUAAAUACACUUGAUCCAGUAGAAGAGAAACUUCGAACACAAAUUGAAGAAGAGAAAAAAAGUUAUAAAACAAUGUUCAAUCGCCUGAAAGGGCUGAAGGUAGAGAUUGAGCACCUGCAGCUUCUUAUGGAAAAAGUCAAGAUGAAGCUGCAAAAAGACUUUGAAGUCUGGUGGUCUGAAGAGGCAACGAAUCUACAGCUGGCGAAUCAAGCAUUCAUACCAUCAUCUCUCCAGCUCCUCUACCCUAUAUGCUUGAUGGAGCUGUUCUCUGCCAGAAAUAUCAAUUCAUCAGCCAACAAUGAACAAACUACUGCAGAGUUAAAAAAGCAAGAACUUGCCAAUCCUGCCAUCUACUGGAAAAAGCCUAAAUUUGAUUUUUCAGAGACCACAAGCACCAGCCCUAAUGAAGAUCCAGCUGGGAAAAAAAAUUCAAUCACUUCUAGUAACCCAACUUCAAAAACAAGGACCCCACCAAGUUCAAGUACAUCCAUUGCUCUGACUGGAGACAGCCAGGCUGAUGCUGACAUCCUAGCUUUCAUUAAAGCAAGACAGAACAUCCUGCAAAAGAAAGGCUUGGGGAACAAAUGA